AUUCCUACCCUGGAACCACCCUUUGAAAUUUCUCCGUCAUGCGUUCACGGCUGAAUCAUCAGAGCUCAGACACAAUUCCGCCAAGAUCGCCCACAAACUUCGACUCCACAAUCUUUCUUUCUCUCUCUACCCUAUAUCCCCUCCGUUCAUAGUCCGUUACCAUAGCGGUUACAGUUAAUUCACUGUUAAGAAACCUCAAAGCCGACGAUGAACUCCUCGAAAACCCGACGGAAGGUGGCGCCCGCCACCGAGAACGGCGAUUCCGCCGACAAGUUAGACCAGCUCCUUCUCUCUUCCGCCAUCUGCAACGGCGAGGACUUAGGCCCAUUCGUCCGCAAGGCCUUUGCCGCCGGUCAUCCGGAGACUCUCCUCAACCACCUCCGCCACUUCUCCAGAUCCAAAGAGUCCGAAAUCGAGGAGGUAUGUAAAGCUCACUACCAGGACUUCAUCAUGGCCGUCGACGACCUCCGCUCCCUCCUCUCCGAUGUCGAGUCCCUCAAAUCGUCUCUCUCCAAUUCAAACACUCAACUCCAAGCCGUCGCUGUUCCUCUCCUGACCUCCCUGGAUUCCUUCGUCGAGGCUCGAAACAAAUGCCAAAACAUUACUCUCGCGAUCGAUUCACUUCGCACUUGUAUCCAACUGAUGGAACUCUGCUCUCGAGCUAAUUUCCAUCUCUCUCAGAAUAACUUUUACAUGGCUUUGAAGUGCGUUGACUCUAUUGAGAUAGGGUUUGAGAGCAAAACGCCUUCGUCUACGCUUCGGAGAAUGCUGGACAAACAGAUUCCGGCUAUUCGAUCUCACAUCGAACGGAGAAUUAACAAGGAAUUUGGGGAUUGGCUUGUGGAGAUCCGAAUAGUGAGUAGGAAUUUGGGGCAACUGGCGAUCGGACAAGCCUCGGCUGCGAGGCAGAGAGAAGAAGAGCUGCGAAUCAAGCAAAGACAAGCCGAAGAACAGAGCCGACUCAGUCUCAGAGACUGUAUUUAUGCUUUGGAAGAAGAAGAAGAAGAUGACGCACUUAACGGGAUCGGAGAUUACGGUAAGGAUGGGUAUGUUAACGGUGGGAGUGGAACGUUGGGGUUUGAUUUGACGCCGUUAUAUAGGGCUUAUCAUAUACACCAGACGUUGGGGCUUGAAGAUCGGUUCAAACAGUACUACUUCGAGAAUCGGAAGCUUCAAUUGACUUCGGACUUCCAGGUAUCCUCGAUGACUCCUUUUCUUGAAUCUCAUCAGACAUUUUUCGCUCAAAUUGCCGGUUUUUUCAUUGUUGAAGAUCGAGUUUUGAGAACUGGUGGUAGUCUGAUUUCGAAAAUGGAAGUGGAAAAUUUGUGGGAUACUGCUAUGAGUAAAAUGUGUUCUGUGUUAGAAGAUCAGUUUUCUAGAAUGCAAACCGCAAAUCAUUUGUUGUUGAUAAAGGACUAUGUGAGUUUGCUUGGAGUGACAUUGCGUCAAUAUGGGUACCCUGUCGAUGCUUUGCUUGAUGUAUUGAGUAAGCACAGAGAUAAAUAUCAUGAGCUAUUGUUGUCCGAUUGUCGAAAACAAAUUUCUGAGGCUCUUGCUGCUGAUAAGUUUGAGCAGAUGUAUAUGAAGAAGGAGUAUGAAUAUUCGAUGAAUGUGCUCUCGUUUCAGAUACAAACUUCAAAUAUUAUACCGGCAUUUCCCUACAUUGCUCCGUUUUCUUCUACUGUGCCGGAUUGUUGUCGUAUUGUUAGGUCAUUUAUCGAGGAUUCAGUGAGUUUCAUGUCAUAUGGUGGCCAGCUUGAUUUCUAUGAUGUUGUGAAGAAGUACUUGGACAGGCUUUUGACUGAGGUCUUGGGUGGGACUCUGUUGAAGCUUAUUAAUUCAUCAAUUCAUGGUGUCACUCAGGCGAUGCAAAUGGCAGCAAAUAUGGCCGUGUUUGAGCGUGCUUGUGAUUUCUUCUUUCGUCAUGCUGCACAGCUUUCUGGAAUUUCAUUAAGAAUUGCUGAGAGGGGUAGGAGGCAGUUUCCACUUACCACAGCCCGGGAUGUGGCUGAAGAGAUGCUCGCUGGUUUGCUUAAACAAAAGGUUGAUGGGUUUAUGAUGUUGCUUGAGAACGUUAACUGGAUGGCUGAUGAGGCUCCACAGGGUGGGAAUGAGUAUGUGAAUGAGGUGAUUAUUUUUCUGGAAACUUUGGUUUCAACUGCUCAGCAAAUAUUACCAGUUCAAGUUCUUAAAAGAGUUUUGCAGGAUGUUCUUUCUCACAUAUCGGAGUUGAUUGUUGGGGCUUUAAAUGGGGAAUCAGUUAAAAGGUUUACUGUGAAUGCUAUCAUGGGUGUUGACAUAGAUAUUCGGUUGUUGGAAUCCUUUGCGGAGAAUCAAGCUUCUCUUUUAUCUGAUGCAGAUGCAAAUGACCUGAAAACAGCACUUGCUGAGGCAAGGCAACUAAUUAAUUUGCUUUUAAGCAAUCAUCCAGAGAAUUUUCUGAAUCCAGUAAUCAGGGAAAGAAGUUUUAAUGCUCUGGACUACAGGAAAGUAGUGAUCAUUUCAGAGAAGUUGAGGGAUCCUUCAGAUCGGCUCUUUGGCACCUUUGGAUCCAGGGGAUCCAAGCAAAAUCCUAAAAAGAAAUCUCUGGAUUCAUUGAUAAAAAGACUCAGGGAUGUGAAUUGAUUUCAUUCCAAACUCUAUAUACAUGCCUAAUCACAGGUACCAUUCGCUUGACCUCUGUUAAUUAUGUGAUUGUAAUUGGCAAGAUCUCUAAUGGUUAGCUGCAAAUUUUAUGUUGUCUGAUUGUAUCAUGAGAGUGCAAAUUUCCUUUUGUGUGUAUGGUUUUCAUUAUAAUGUUUUGCUGGUAUUGUAUUCAAUUCUUUGCCAUGUCAAUGGAUUUUCUGUUAUUUCUAUAUGACAUGUUGCGUAUUCAAUGGAAAAAUUGCAUUGCUAUUCUUUUAAUCAAAAGCUUGCGUGUGUCUUGAGAUGGGCAAGAUCAUACCUUGCAGGUAACAUUCAGUUGCAGUAGUUAACCUAAUCCACUCGUGUGUUUUGGAUAGUCCCUCUCGAGAAACAGACUUGAACUUUGAGGAUCACUGUUUGUCGUUCUAGUUAAUUUUCUUUCUUCAUCGCAUCUAUUUUUUCAUCCUGAAACUUUUGGCUUCUAUAUUUUUCUAAACUAAACAGUACAAUAGGGGUACUUAUCAAAAUGAUUUGAACAGCCAAGAAAGGCAUGGUUAUAUGCUGAUGAGUAUAUUAAGAAGAUCCGAGGACUAAUACCGAUGCAUAGUUCAAGUAAUGAUAAAUUUGUGCACAAUUCCUACGGCGGCGGCAGGAGUAGAGAUUUUUGAACCCGACACAUCCAUUUCACGAUCCUUUUCGAGCCGUUGUUCUGGGAUUGGAUUGCAAAGAGAGCAAGAAUGCUUUGAAGCUCAACAACGUCAAAGCCCGUUGAAAGCCAGCUCAAAAGCUUUCUUGCCAAGUCACGAUCUAUCUUUUCUAAGGACUUCCGGAAGCAGAAAGUUCAAACAAACAAAAAAUCUGUCGACUGCAAAAAAUAGGCGAGGGUUAAUGCCACUCGUUUAGCAGAUGAAUGUUGAGUGGGGCUUGCUGUAGCCUGUAUCAUGGUUUUAUGGUUGCAUUGGCAUAAUGGAAUUAUUUUUUAGUGGAAUUUAUAA